UAUCAAGAGCUCACGGAUGACGAGAAGGCUGAGAUUUUGCUCGAGUACAGCGAGCACAAGGAGACACAAGCCACGGGCAUCCGAAUCUCAACAAAGUCAAAGGUUAAUGAUGUCACCCAGACCCUCAAGGCCGUUGAGAACGAGGCGAGUCCUCAUGCAUCUUCAUUUUGG